UGGUAAAGAUAGUAAAAGCGUAUUUGCAGAGCGUGGUAAGGAUAGUAAAAGCGUGUUUUGUUAGGUUAGAUUAGAAUAGAACAGUUUGUAACUUGUAACAUUUCUUAUAUCAUCUGUGAUUUUUAAUUGAAAAAUUGGAAUAAUAAAUCUGUUCAGAUAUGUCUAUAAAUGAGAUAGAAUUAGACGAAGAAGACGAAGUAAAACCGAAAAAUUUUCACGAAUUAGAAUUAGACGACAGACUAUUGAAGGCUAUUGCAAAACUUGGUUGGACAGAGCCCACAUUAAUACAAGAAAAAGCAAUACCUCUGAUACUUGAAGGAAAGGAUGUCUUAAUUAGAGCACGUACAGGUUCAGGCAAAACUGCUGCAUUUGCAGUGCCACUUAUUCAGAAAAUAUUGGUAAAUAAGCGAACACAAAAGAAACAGCAGAUUAAGGGUCUUAUUGUUGCACCUAGUAAGGAACUAUGCAAGCAAAUUUAUGAUGUUAUCAUGUGCCUGACUAUAAAAUGCUAUAGAGAAAUUAGAGUAAUUGACAUCAGUCCACAAACAGAUUUAAAUGCACAGAAACCAUUACUUAAUGAAAUGCCAGAUAUUAUAGUGGUUACACCUGGUCGAUUAUUGCAGCAUCUAAAAGCAGGAAAUUUGAUGCUGAAGCAUAGCCUAGAAACAUUAAUAAUUGAUGAAGCUGAUCUGCUCUUUUCAUUUGGAUAUGAAAAUGAAAUUAAAGCAGUAUUGACUUAUCUACCAACAGCAUAUCAAGCAAUUUUAGCAUCUGCUACGUUAUCUGAGGAUGUCAAAGCUUUGAAAAAAUUAGUUCUACACAAUCCAGCAAUUUUAAAACUAGAAGAACCACCUUUGGCUCCUCCAACUCAAUUAGCUCAUUAUAUUUUGGCUGCAGAGGAAACUGAUAAAGCUGCCAUUUUAUAUGCUUUGCUGAAGUUACAUUUAAUUAGGGGGAAAACCAUAAUCUUUGUAAAUACAGUUGAUAGAUGUUAUAAAUUGAAGUUGUUCCUGGAACAAUUUGGUAUUCCCACUUGUGUCUUAAAUUCCGAGUUACCGGCGACUUCAAGAUGUAGAGCGGUUUCACAAUUCAACAGUGGCACUUAUGAUAUCAUAAUAGCAUCAGAUGAAAAGGCAUUAGAAGAGGUAAAAAAAUACGCAUGUUGUAAUGAAAUAUAUUUAUAUUAUAUAUAUCAUUAUUUUUAUUUUUUACAGCCACAUAUAAUAAAAACGAAAAAGGAUAAACGAAAGAAGGACAAAGAAUCGGGUGUAGCGCGCGGCAUCGACUUCCAAUUUGUGUCCAAUGUAAUCAAUUUUGACUUUCCGUUGGAUAUAAAUUCUUAUAUACACAGAGCAGGACGCACUGCUCGCGGGACAAAUCAAGGAACUGCCCUUAGUUUUGUAGCGAUCAGAGAGAGACCGCUAAUGGAGAAAGUAGAAGAGCAUUUGAAGUGCAUAUACAAUUGCGAAAAUCUAUUUAAGACUUAUCAAUUUAAAUUGGAAGAAGUGGAAGGCUUCCGUUAUCGUGCAAAAGAUGGUUGGAAAGCUGUUACAAGAAUUGCUGUCCGAGAGGCACGAUUAAAAGAAAUUAGACAGGAAGUUAUAAAUUGUGAAAAAUUGAAAAGUUACUUCGAAGAUAAUCCGCGAGAUCUGCAAUCAUUGCGCCAAGACAAGGCAUUACAUACUGUGAAACUGCAGCCACAUUUAAAAGAUGUGCCUGAAUAUAUAGUACCACCAACUUUAAAAGGUAUCAUGGGAAUAGGGAAAAGAAAAAGAAAAUUUGAUAGGGAUGCUGCAUCAUCAGGAGCAACGGCUGUCAAAUCGAGACAUCAAGCUCGCGCGUCAAAUCCGUUGAUAAGUUUGCAAAUACCAAAAAAAAAAUAAUUUUUUGUAAAUUAAUUCAGUGUACUUUAUAAAUCUGUUACGAUUA